UGCGGGCGAGGGUCUCUGCUGGCCGCGUCGCGCCCUCGGGGGCUGCUUGUCCCCGCCAGCGCCCGCCCGACUUAAAUGGACGAAGCGCCGAGCGCCGAUGCCCGCUUUGCCGUCCCUGGAGCGGGCUGUGAGCGGCGGCGCUGAGAGGGUCUUGCAGAUCCGGGGUGAAGAAGUGCUCUGGAGCCGAGGUGUGGAUAUGUGUGAACGUCCGUUGGUAACGAGCCCAGCCGUCUGAAUUGAGAUCAUUUCUCUCUAGGCCACUUGCCACGGUGCAGGAUGAGCACGUGCUGUUGGUGUACACCGGGCGGUGUGGCCACCGCCGAUUUCUUGAAGUGCUAUGCGUCUAAGAGCAAGUCCCGUGAGUUCCAGACAGCUGAUGAAGACCUCUGCUACUGCUUGGAGUGUGUGGCUGAGUACCACAGAGCAAGGGAUGAGCUGCCGUUCCUGCACGAGGUCUUAUGGGAGCUAGAAACCUCGCGCCUCAUAAAUCACUUUGAAAAAUCCAUGAAGGGGGAAGUUGAAGAUGGUGGCGACGAUGAUGAAUUGUACAUAGUGGACAACAACGGGGAGGCUCAGCUGCUCGAUUUUAGCGGCCAAGACUUUGAAAAUAAGCUUCGAGUUCCUCUGUUAGAAAUACUAAAGUAUCCUUACCUGCUUCUGCAUGAGCGUGUUAAUGAGUUAUGUGUUGAAGCACUUUGCCGGAUGGAACAAGCCAAUUGCUCCUUUCAGGUUUUUGAAAAACAUCCAGGGAUCUAUUUGUUUUUGGUGCAUCCCAAUGAGAUGAUUCGGCGUUGGGCUAUCCUGACUGCAAGAAACCUUGGAAAAGUGGACAGAGAUGAUUAUUACGACUUACAGGAAGUUUUAACUUGCCUUUUUAAUGUCAUUGAGUUGGGCCUUUUAGAAAGUCCAGACAUUUAUACUUCUUCUGUCUUUGAAAAGGGUAAACUGAUUCUUCUGCCCACACACAUGUAUGAUACCACUAACUACAAAAACUACUGGUUAGGGAUUUGCAUGUUGCUGACAAUUCUUGAGGAACAAGCCAUGGAUUCGCUGUUGCUGGGCUCAGACAAACAAAAUGAUUUCAUGCAGUUAAUCCUUCAUACCAUGGGGAGGCAAUCAGAUGAUGAUAACGUGAACCCUUUCUGGCCAGCAUUGCACUGUUUCAUGGUAAUUCUGGACCGGCUUGGAUCUAAAGUCUGGGGCCAACUUAUUGAUCCUAUUGAGGCCUUUCAAACCAUCAUCAACAAUAGGAGCUAUAAUAGAGAGAUCCAGAAUAUACGGAACAGCUCUAUCAGGACCAAGUUAGAAUCAGAACCAUCUUUGGAUGAUAUGGUGACUUGUAGCCAGAUUGUGUACAAUUAUAAUCCUGAGAAGACAAAAAAGGAUUUAGGAUGGAGAUCAGCCAUUUGCCCAGAUUAUUGUCCUAAUAUGUAUGAAGAAAUGGAAACAUUAGCCAGUGUCCUGCAGUCAGAUAUUGGACAAGACAUGCGUGUUCACAACAGCACAUUUCUGUGGUUUAUACCUUUUGUUCAGUCUCUGAUGGAUCUUAAGGACUUGGGUGUGGCUUACAUCGCAGAGGUUAUUCAUCAUCUCUACUCCCAAGUCAAAGAUGUCCUCAACCAGACAGAUGCUGUGUGUGACAAAGUCACUGAAUUUUUUCUUCUAAUUUUGGUGUCAGUGAUUGAACUACAUAGAAAUAAAAAAUGCUUGCAUUUACUGUGGGUUAGUUCCCAGCAGUGGGUAGCAGCCGUGGUAAAAUGCGCCAAGCUUCCGACCAGUGCAUUUGUACGGAGCUCUGAGAAAUCAGCUGGAAGUGGUUCCAAAGGAUCAGCAGCGAUAACGUCACUGUCAAUGCUUUCGAUGCCAUCCAACUCCGUGCAGCUGGCUUGUGUGCAGCUGAUUAGAAGUCUCCUGAAAGAAGGCUAUCAGCUCGGUCAGCAGAGUCUUUGCAAGCGAUUCUGGGAUAAGCUUAACCUGUUCCUUCGAGGAAAUUUAUCUCUAGGUUGGCAGUUGACUAGUCAGGAAACCCAUGAGUUACAAAAUUGCUUAAAACAAAUCAUUAAAAACCUAACAUUAAAAGUACCUCAGGCUAGCACUCUUGUGGAUCUGGUUUCUACAUAUAAAGCCCCACCUGCAUCUUUUAAAGAAGAAGGUGAACAAGUAAAGUUUAAAAAGGACAUCCACUUUUUGGAAAAUUCCAGUUCAACAUUUUCUAAAGAGCCAGUGAAAACUGAGACGUACCACACGCCAGAGCAUAUAUUGAUUAAAGCAAGCAGCCCUGGGGAAGAGAGGGGCAGUGAGCACAAAUGUGUGAGGGAUUUGAAUGUGGAAGACUGUCUCUCAGCUGAGUCGUGGUUAAAGCAGAGCAGCAAAAGCCACCUUACUGAAAGAGCUAAAGGUCAGACUAAAGUAAGUAAAGUGAAGCAGGUGUCUGUGAAAGAGAACUCUUCAUCCACAGCACAGAUUUGUGCUUCACAAAAUGGUCCAGGCGGUGACAGAGGAAUUAUACUAUCGACACAUUCACUGACUGAUUCUGGCACUGACUCUUUGGAACAGGUGUCCACCUCAAGUGUGGAUUUCUCCUUAAAUGAUGAAGCUUUUGGUAAAUCCUCAAAACCAAAAACUAAAGAAGAAAAAGAUGAAAUCUGUGCCAAGUUAUCACAUGUCAUAAAGAAGCAGCAGGGAAAAAGUACUGUGGUCGGCAAUUCUUUCGGUUUAGAGGAAAAUCUGAUGGUAUGUAGCGUAGAGAGUUUCUGUUCAGAAAAAGAUAAACAUGUUCAGGAAAGGGGCCGAGCCUCACACAGCUGGCCUUUAGACCUUCACAGUGUUGUGGAUGAUAAAAAUGAACAAAAGCCAAAAAGCAGUUUAUUGCUGAAAAAGAAGCAAUUAAAGAAUGAAGAACUGGAUAUUUUUUCUUCCCAUGGAAAUAGUUGUGAGGUACAGGAGUGUCGUGAUGAUAAAGAUUUGGUCUCUGUUCCAGAAGCGACCGAUACUUUGGUAAAGAAGACAUCUCCCAGUAAGGAACCAGUGACCAUAGUUGACUCAAGAGAAAAAGUAAUGAGUAAGAGAACAGCUCUGAUUUCCUCUGACUUGCAGCAAGAACCACCUGGCAUCAGUCCUAAGUCUGACCCCUUACCAGAUUCCCAGGUAGACAGAGACCUCCACAAAUUAUCUUUAAUAGCUCAAGCUAGCGUUAUUAAAUUCCCCACUGAUACAACUCCAGACUCAUUCCAGCCGCAAAAAAAGGUAAAAGCUAACGAAAGCUGUGUCUCAGUUCAUGAUGUUGUGGACAGCUACUGUGGACAAGUUAUUGUUAUUUCAGAUUCUGAUGAUGAAGAUGAAAGACCUUUGCAUUUCAAGGAGAACACUGAAAAGGACAGAACCUGCCUUAAAAAAGUUAGUCUAGAACAGCAUGAUUCCACGGUUAACAUUGAUGCAGACAGAGAGCUCGUAAAGGAAGAGACAGCGGCUUUUCUGUUUGAGGAUUCUGAUUCACAAGUUUUUGAGUUUGAAAGUCAGUCUCAAGUGUUCUCAGUUUGGCAGGAUCAAAAAGUAGACAAUAAGAAUUCAGUUCAAGAGAGGGAAAAAAGUUCAUGUGUGACUCAUAUAGCUGACAGCACGGACAGUUGGGGCUGCGGUGCAGGUUAUAUAUCUGAGGAGGUGCAGCAAGCAGAGGACGCUGAAGGACCUGUAGAAGCACAUAGUAGUGUUUCUCUUAAGGUGUCCUGUGAAGUUGACUUAAAAAGUCCUAAGAGAAAGCGAGUUAAAAAUCCUAGAACUGACAGUCCUCCACGGCCUUCUUCAUCUGCCAGAAACAAGAACUGGUCUAACAUUCUUCAUGAGAGAGAGUUUACUGAAAACGAUUUAAAAAGUAGUGAGAUAAGUACCACAACUCCUCCCUCAAGGAUUCAGAGAGCCACUGCCGUUCCCGGGAAGAAGUCUCCUACAAAGGCUUGUCCUUCAAAACCUGCUAGGAGAGUACCAGUUUCUAAAACUCCUAAGAAAACACAUGCGGAUGGCAAAAAAGGGCAGAGUAGAAGUUCACAUGUCCUCAGCUGUAGAACAGCUCCUGCUGUGGUGCCACCAAAAAAAUCUCGCCAGUGUCCCGAACCAACUUCGGUGGCUGAGAAACUUGGGCUGAAAAAAGCUCCCCGGAGGGCGUUUGAGUUGUCCCAGAGGUCUUUAGACUACACAGCUCAGUUACGGAAUCAUGGUAAAACUGUUGGAGUAGUUGAUACCUCAAAAAAGACCGUCAGAAAUAAUAAGAAACUGCUGGUAAGUCAGGAUCUUCAUUUGCAAAGGCAGUUGAAACAGAAACCACACAAGAAAAGAAAAGAAUCUCAUGGUUGCGAAGGCUCAAAUGCUACAAGAGCAGGGACAUGUAGGACACAGAAUUCUGACGUCGUUGUGCCAGAAUUUGAUAGGUUAGAUUGUAAUUCCACAGGACCUAGGGUACUGUCUAGUAGCACUGAAAAAGAGGCCGUGAAAUUCAUGCCUUCAGAACCAGAAGCCCUAAAAGAGUGUGUUUCUCAGGUGACUGACAAUACUUGUUUUUUGAACCAGCGCGAUUCCAGAGUGUUAAAUGGAAGAAAGCCAACAGAUGAAAUUUUGACUCUGUCUGCUACAGAAGACCCUUUAGGUAGAGGUGAUCCCGCAGGGCAUCAGGGAGCCAUGGCAACUCGGAAGGAGGCAGGACCCGAGUCCAAUAGUGAUAUUGAUGACGAUAAUUUAUUUUUAACACAGCACGAUCCUGAAGACAUGGAUUUGUGUUCACAGGUGGGUGAGGGCGAUGAACUCAUUGAAGUGCUGUACGGAGAAGAUAGAGCGCAGGUGGAAGGCCCUGUAAGUUGGCCUCAGGUGGCACAGAGCGGCGCACAGUGUAAACACAAAGGUUGUGUGGAAACGCGGAAAAACCAGGGUGAAUUUUGUUCAAGACACUCAGAAGCUAAAGCAGAUGAUGAAGAUGUAUUUCGUAAACCUGGCUUGCCUCCUUCUCUAAGGAGACCUUCUACCACCAAGAUUUUUAGCUCAAGUUCACGAACUGCUCAUCUUUCCAAAUCUUUGGAAAGUUCUGUACUUUCAUCAGCUCUAAAAAAUAAAUCCAAAGGGCUACAGUCUGCUUUGGAAGUGCCACAGCCUGUUUCGCAGGCAUCUCAGAAGCCAGUGGGCGAAGCAUACGGUUUGUGCACUGUUCCUCAGCCUCGUGGGCAACCUUACAAACUCCCCCUUGGCGACAAGUUCUUCUCUGCUUCCCUGCCCGUGCACUCAUCACAGUCUAUCUCGGAUACCUUCAUUAAAGAAAUCUUAAAAUGGAAAUAUGACAUGUUUUUGAACUUUGAUCAGUGUGGACCUCCAGCAAGUCUUUGUCAGUCCAUCUCAAGACCAGUGCCUGUCAGAUUUCAAGAUUAUAGAGAGUACUUUCAUGUUUUUUUACCUUUGAUAAUACUGAAUACUUUUGAAACGGUGGCGCAGGAAUGGAUGAGCUCUCCAAAUAAAGAGAAUUUCUAUCAGUUGCAUUUACGAAAAUUUUCGGCUGAUUAUAAAAAAACCUGGGAAUUUGUAGUGUAUCUGAAGGAAUGUGAACUGGCUAAACAGCUUCAUCCAAAAGAGAAUGAUUUGGUGUUUUUGGUGCCUGAGCGGCUGAAUGGAGGGAAGAGCGAUAGAGACAGACGCAGCACUCAGGAGCUCUCCGAGUAUCACUGUGGUUACGUUCACAGGUUUCGCCGCACGUCAGUCAUGUGUAAUGGAAAAUCUGAGUGUUCCCUUUCCAUUCAGACUGAAGAUAAUUUUCCAGCCAAUUUAAAUGAAGUUAUGAAAUGCAUUGUAAUCAGUUCUCUGGUAACUACACAAAGGAAGCUGAAAGCCAUGUCUUUGUUGAGUGGCCGGAACCAGCUGGCCAGAGCUAUCCUGAACCCAAACCCCAUGGAUUUCUGUACCAAAGAUUUACUAACCACAACAUCUGAGAGACUUAUUGCCUACCUAAAAGAUUACAAUGAAGAGCAAAAAAAGGCGAUAGAGACAGCUUAUGCCAUGGUUAAACACCCACCGUCAGUUGCCAAAAUCUGUCUGAUUCAUGGACCACCUGGAACGGGCAAAUCAAAAACCAUCGUUGGCCUCCUGUUCCGCUUACUGACAGAGAACCAAAGAGGGGGGCAUUCAGAUGAAAACUCCAAUGCCAAGAUCAAACAAAACCGUGUCCUUGUGUGUGCUCCUUCCAAUGCAGCUGUUGAUGAACUUAUGAAAAAAAUUAUCAUCGAAUUCAAAGAAAAAUGUAAAGACAAGAAGAAUCCUUUGGGAAAUUGUGGAGAUAUAAAUUUAGUACGACUGGGUCCAGAAAAAUCUAUUAAUAAUGAGGUCCUAAAAUUCAGUUUGGACAGCCAAGUGAACCACAGAAUGAAAAAAGACUUACCUUCUCAUGUUCAGGAGAUGCAUAGAAGAAAGGAGUUUCUAGAUCAUCAGCUGGAUGAGCUUUCCCGCCAGCGAGCUUUAUGCCGAGGUGAACGGGAAAGUCAGAGGCCAGAAUUUGAUGAACAAAUUGCUAAAGUUUCCAAAGAAAGGCAAGAACUUGCUUCUAAAAUUAAAGAGGUUCAAGGGCGUCCACAGAAAACCCAGAGUAUCAUCAUUUUAGAGUCCCACAUCAUCUGCUGCACACUGAGCACCAGUGGUGGUUUACUGUUGGAGUCUGCUUUUCGGGGGCAAGGAGGUGUCCCUUUCAGUUGUGUCAUUGUUGAUGAGGCCGGGCAGUCGUGUGAGGUCGAGACUUUGACCCCUCUCAUCCACCGCUGCAACAAGCUCAUCCUGGUGGGAGACCCUAAGCAGCUGCCUCCCACAGUCAUUUCCAUGAAAGCACAGGACUAUGGCUACGACCAGUCGAUGAUGGCGCGCUUCUGCAAACUGCUGGAGGAGAAGGUGGAGCAGAAUGCCGUGGGCAGGCUGCCGGUGGUGCAGCUCGUCAUCCAGUACAGGAUGCAUCCAGACAUAUGCCUCUUUCCUUCCAAUUACAUCUAUUGCAGGAAUUUGAAAACACACAAGUUCACAGAAUCUCUGCGAUGUUCGUCAGACUGGCCAUUUCAGCCUUACCUCGUGUUUGAUGUCAGCGACGGGUCAGAAAGACGGGAUAAUGACUCAUAUAUAAAUGCUCAAGAAAUAAAAUUGGUGAUGGAAAUAAUGAGACUUAUUAAGGACAAAAAGAGAGAGGCCAAUUUCCGAAACAUUGGCAUAAUAACCCAUUACAAGGCUCAGAAGACGAUGAUUCAGAAGGAUUUGGAGAAAGAGUUUGAUAGGAAAGGGCCAGCCGAGGUAGACACUGUGGAUGCCUUCCAGGGGCGCCAGAAGGACUGCAUCAUUGUCACCUGUGUCAGAGCGAAUACCACACAAGGCUCGAUCGGGUUCCUGGCGAGUUUGCAGAGGUUGAACGUCACCAUUACGCGUGCCAAGUACAGCCUUUUCAUCCUUGGACAUUUGAGGACCCUGAUGGAAAACCAGCAUUGGAAUGAACUGAUUCAGGAUGCUCAGAAGCGUGGUGCUAUUGUUAAGACCUGUGACAAAAACUACAGACAUGACGCAAUGAAGAUCCUGAAGCUCAAGCCCGCGCUGCAGCGAAGUCUGACCCACCCCCCUACCAUUACCCCCGAGGUGUCCAGGCCCCUGGGCGGCCUGCCUAGCAGCAGGCUGGACAGUGGACUCACCAAGAUGCCCUUUGCUGCUUCUCUGUACCACAGCCCCUCUGACUCUAAUGAAGCUGUUGUCCCCGUAACUGCAAGGGACCCUGAAGGGCCGCUGCUGCAGGACCGACUUCGGGACCCACGACUGCUCAGGAGAUUCAAAGCUGAAGCCAAGGCAGGGACGUUUCUCAGGGAUCCGCAAGCCCUGAGCCCCCAGCAUCCUGGAGCAGCGCCUCCGUGGGGCGAGCUGGGCUUUUCUGUGACUUACCAGGACUUGGGCAGUGCCCUGCAGCCAUCUGCUGCUCACGUCACCCCUCAGACCUACCAUUGCCCUCUGGCACGGGGUGAGCUUUUUGCUGUUGGCACUGACACAGCUGGGAGUAGAAGGAGAGGUGAUGACCAGGAGAGCGGGCGAGGGGACAGGAGAGAGGCGUGGGCUCUCAGUGAGGGUGAGUGGGAGAACUAUAGCUUUGCGACUUACCAGUCAAAGAGGGAGUCUGCCUGGAACAGCAGAUCAGAGGAUAACAGUUCAAAGAAGAGAAAGCUUUGGUAGCAAAGCCACACAAGGGGACUGUCAGCUACAGGCACUUUACAAGCUUAAGGUGACCAGUGACUAGGACCAUUCAGAUGAGGUGAUUUGUUUUUUCCUCUAAGGAAUUUGUAUAUUGUUGGCAAACACAGAAGUAGCCUGAUGCCCGAGCCUUCUGUUCACCUUGAGUAGAUCUUUCAGUUGCACACGUUUUCUGGGCACAGUUGAGUUAGUGUCCUUGGAGUCAGGGCUCCUGGUCUCCACCUGUUGAGCUCUGGUUCUUCAGUAGAGAAGGAGGUUGGUCUGCAUGAAUGUUACAAGAGCUGCAGUGUAUAUUUCUAUAGCAAAUAACAAAAUCCUUUUAAAGCUUAAUCUGGUAGACCACUUUCUUUUCCCUGCUUAAAAUGUUAAUCAUUUUUUAACAACUUUAUAUUAAAAAUGAGAGGAAGGCGGGUCCUUUCAACUGUUGUUAUAGAGACCGGUUUCUCUAACUGCCUAGGUCAUUUGGGAUAAACUGAGUCACUGCUCAUGGGUCAGGGGCCUCUUAGUUGUGUUUAAACACAACAGCCAAGGUCUUGUGGGGACCUCAGGAAGCGCAGUCCCAGGAGGUGAGGUGCCAAGGGCCGCGCUCUUCAGUGAGCACAGGACAUUGGGUGUGCGACACAUUCUUGUCACUGUUUGAGUAUGCCCCCAGAUCUCUAGCUGAAAUUUGUACUGUUGUUGAAGUAGAGGGAUUCUUAACCCGUCCUCAAGUGGGGAGGCUUGUGUAGUAGGCCAGGUACAGACACAGUGGCGACAAGUGCUGCUUUGGCCGGGGAGUAUCUGCACAGUUACUUGUUGAGGCUCUCCGAGUUCCAGCAAAGUCUAACACUGCCCUAGCAUUCCAACUGCCAGGCAGCUCUGGGGACCACUGGGGCAGGCCCAGAGAGCAUCUCUGGCAGGAAACGAGAAGGAGAGUCCUAGAGCAAGCGUUGAGGAAGGAAGCGCUCCCCUCUGGGCUGAGGGGGCAGGAUGAGGGAGGGGCUGCCGGGCUUGGCUCGGGGGUCCAGUCGUCCACACGAGGCGCCUGAGCGUCCUGAGCAUGACUGAUGGACAGAUGACCGUCUGACAACUCAGGGCUUGAGUGGUUGCUGCACAGCCAGUCCACUAAUUUGAGGCAGGAAGACACAUUCCCAAAGAUGAAUGUGCAUCAUCUGAAAUUGUCUUUUUCAUCCGCUGUUUGAAGCAAAAAGUUUGGUAUAGAAAUUCUCUUUGCACAGAGUGUGUGGAGCUUGGUGCUCCGGCUGCCUGGUUUCCGCACCGUUUCCGUGCCCACUGUGCCUGUGUCAGCUGAACACCCUGGGACCAGCGGGGCCUCCUGGAACACUUAGUGCCCAGAGCAGACCCCUGCCCCUGGGUGUGGGUGCAGCUGUCCCAGCUGACAGCCUCAGGCUCUGCGGCUUCUCCUGCAUCCAUUUUGCUACCACACCACGCUACUGUCCAUGGCGUGGUGGGUGAACUACUGCUACCUGAAGUUGCAUUUCCUGUUCCUUGGCAAAGUAUUUGAUUGAGCAGAGACUUGGAGAGAAGGUGGGGAGUCUAACAGGCUGGGUUCUUAGGGAGGCCUAAGCAGUAGCUGGGAUCCAGGCAGCUCCCCCUCCAUCUGUGCUAAUGCGAACACACGAGUCCAGAGGGAGGGUCCACCAGAAUGCAUCCUGGUGUUCUUUUCGGGGAAGAGACCCUUGUUCUGAGGGUGUGUCCAUCUGUUGGGUCACCCCUCGCUAACUUGUUUAUGCAAAAGUAGCAGGAGAACUGUGCUGUUUCCACUCCCUCCUGGGUGCUGGAGGUGGAGCCCAGGACCACCCGCAUGUGAGGUCAGCAAGGUUAGCACUCCACUGCCCUGUGUCCUCCCUCCUCGCCAGCCAGCCUCAGCCGGGUGACAGCGUCUCAGUACAGUUGGACCCGAUGUGAAAUGUGCAGUUGAUGUGUUGCACUGGGUAGGCUUAGGUGCAGGGAGCUGCGUGUCACCUGCGGCCUUUGCUGACGUAGCCGGCACAGCACUGCGCUGCUGCCGGAGGUCAGUUUGCGGGGCGAUGCGAGGGACAUUCCCAUGCCCCUGCCGCGGCACUGAGGGGAAGGGCCCUUCUUUGGUUGUUAGCAAUCUCAACAGGAAUAUUAUAUAUCCUACUUCAAACUUGAUUUGCUUCUUUUUACAUACUUUGCCUUGAAUUUAUUUUGCACAAUUUGUUUAUAUGUUUUGGUGGAUUAUCAGGAGUAGAUUUGAUACGUACAUGUGAAUAACCUGUAAAUAAAUUUUAUAACAUAUGUACUAAACUGUUUUCUAAAAUUAGUUGUGCAGAUGGCCAUUUUCUUGCUAUGGCUUUGACUUUAUACUAUGGAUUCAUAGCUGGAAUUUGGUGAAAAAAGUAGCCCUGUUGGCUGUUGAAAAGCUAAAUUUUAAGAGACGAUGGCAAUUAAAAAUAGAAAUAAAACUGAGAUGGG